AUGAGUUUAUCCGAAUCCUACAAUUUCUCCCGAUAUGUUGGGAAUGUGAUGUUGAAACGACGUCGAGAUGAAGCACAACGACGUGAUUUACAACGGGAAAUACAUCCAACAAAUGUACAUUUGGAACGAAUGGAACGUUGUAAAAAUUGUUGUAAAUCGGUUACAACAUUUAUAUUUUCACGUGUUGGAUUAUGUUUAUUGAUAGUUGCUUAUGCAUUUGGUGGUGGAAUGUUAUUUCAAUUUAUUGAAGCUAGUCAUGAAGAAAAAGAAAUAGUUAGUGCACAAAAACGUUUAAAUACAACAGUUGAAAAAUUAUUUAAUCGUAGUAUUGAAUCAGCAGUAUUAUUUCAUAGUAAUUGGUCAUUAAUGGCUAGACAAAUAUUAGAAGAAUAUCAAAUUGAAUUAGUACAUGUUGUUAAACGAGGUUAUCAAGGUGAACGACAGCCAGAUGAUAAUAAACAAUGGAAUUUUCCGGGUGCCAUACUUUAUGCGAUUACAGUUAUAACAACAAUAGGUUAUGGACAUAUAACAUGUAAAACAAAUGUGGGUAAAGUUGCCACAAUUCUUUAUGCUAUAUUUGGUAUUCCGUUAAUGUUGUUAUGUUUGGCUAAUAUUGGCUCGACAAUGGCCGAUGCUUUUCGAUUUAGUUAUUGUAAUGUUUGUUGUUCAUAUUGUAAUAUGGUGAAGAAAAAGCGAAAUAUAAGAGCAUUACAAUCGGUUGAACUAUCACAUAGUCCUACAUCAGGAUUAAAUAGUGGACUAUAUCCGACAAAAACAAAUAAUAUUAUUCCUAAUAUAUCAACACCAAAGAUUAAUAAAAACGUAAUGGCUACUAAUCGUAAGCGUCAUUCAUUAUCACAUUAUCAUCGAGAUGGUGAUGUGUCGAGCGAUGAUCAAACAACUAGUACACAUAUUGAUCUACAACAACCAGGAACAACUGUAACGACAUCAUCACCACAAAAUGUUGUUGAAAUUGUCGAUAGUCUAUCUGUUGAUUAUCGAAAAGUAACAAUUCCAAUUAGUAUCACAUUAUCAUUAUUAUCAUCAUAUUUGAUAUUGGGAGCAUUAUUAUUCAGUAAAUGGGAAAAUUGGGAAUUUUUAGAUGGAGCUUAUUUUUGCUUUGUUACAUUAGCAACGAUUGGAUUAGGUGAUUUGGUUCCAGGUAAAUCGAUAAAAUCUACACAAGUUGAAGGAAAGUUAGUUAUUUGUGCCCUAUAUGUUUUGUUGGGUUUAUCUUUGAUGGCAAUGUGUUUCAAUUUGAUGCAAGAAGAAGUGCGAGCUAAAUUUCGUCGAUUAGGAAAUAAAUUGGGAAUCAUUGAUGAUCCUAAUUUUUGGUAG